AUGGUGGCCAUCACGGUGCCCAUCUCGGUGGACGCGAUCCCUCUUGUGAAAUGCGCGCAUGCGGCGGCGGCGGCGCACACGGACCCGCAGAUCAUCUCCGUGCUCCGGUCCAACCGCACCGGGGGCCUCCAGAUCAUGCUCCCGGAAGGCCGCUGGGUCCCCGUGGCCCCCGACCCCGAUUCCCUCUUCAUCAAUGUCGGGGACUCCCUCCAGGUGCUGACGAACGGGCGGUUCCGGAGCGUGAAGCACCGGGUGGUUGCGCCGGCGGAGGGGCAGCAGUCGCGGCUGUCGGUGAUCUACUUCGGCGGGCCGGCGCCGACGCAGCGGAUCGCGCCGCUGCCGGAGCUGAUGCGGGAAGGGGAGCAGAGCCUGUACAGGGAGUUCACCUGGGCCGAGUACAAGAAGGCCGCCUACAAGUCCCGCCUCGGCGACCACCGCCUCGGCCCCUUCGAGCUCCCCGCCGCCGUCACCCAAGAGGCAACCAAGGCCGACCAUCACUGCAGCAGCAACGCAGUUCAGCCGCCGGCGCCGGCGCCCCCUCACGUGGCACGAGUGCACUAG